AUGGGCGACCGGGAGCGCAACAAGAAGCGGCUGCUGGAGCUGCUGCAGGCGGCGGGCACCGGCAACGCGCUCUGCGCCGACUGCGGGGCGGCGGAUCCCGACUGGGCCUCUUACAAGCUGGGCAUCUUCAUCUGUCUGAACUGCUCCGGCGUCCACCGCAACUUCCCAGACAUCAGCAAAGUCAAAUCCGUGAGACUUGACUUUUGGGACGACAGUAUUGUGGAGUUUAUGACCCACAACGGGAACCUCCGUGUGAAGGCCAAGUACGAAGCCCGAGUCCCUGCUUUCUACUAUAUCCCCCAGGCCAACGACUGCCUAGUCUUAAAGGAACAAUGGAUUCGAGCUAAGUAUGAGAGACAAGAAUUUAUGGCUGAUGGGGAAACCACCCCACCCCCAGGUAACCGAGAUGGGUUCUUGUGGAAGCGGGGAAGAGACAACGCUCAGUUCCUGAGGAGGAGGUUUAUCCUUCUCGCAAAAGAAGGCCUCCUGAAGUACUACACUAAAGAAGAGGGCAAAGGGCCCAAAGCGGUCAUCAACAUCAAGGACUUGAAUGCCACCUUCCAGACGGAGAAGAUUGGGAACCCCCACGGUCUGCAGAUCACCUACAGGAGAGAGGGUCACAUCAGAAACCUGUUUGUGUUUCAUGAAAAUGGAAAGGAGAUAGUGGACUGGUUCAAUGCCCUCCGCGCAGCCCGUCUGCAAUACCUGAAAGCUGCCUUUCCUGAGCUCCCAGAGUCUGAGCUCGUGCCUCUUAUCACCAGGAACUACCUCAAACAAGGCUUCAUGGAAAAGACUGGUCCAAAGCAAAGAGAACCCUUCAAGAAAAGGUGGUUUGCCCUGGAUCCCCAGGAGCGGAGGCUGUUCUAUUACAAGCACCCACUGGAUGCCUUUGAGCAGGGCCAGGUUUUUCUUGGGAGCAAGGAGCAGGGGUACGAGGUAUAUGAAGACCUGCCCAAAGGCAUCCGAGGGAACCGCUGGAAAUCUGGCCUCACCAUUGUCACACCCCAGCGGAGAUUCGUCCUCACCUGUCCCAGCGAGAAGGAGCAGCGAGAAUGGCUGGAGAGUUUCCGAGAUGUCCUCUCACGCCCCUUGACGCCCCUCAACCUCCUCACUGCAUCAACAGAGAGUGACAAAGGCAGCAGGUGACCCAUUGGCCACUGGCCACCUCUCCUGGUGGGAAUAAGAAGUUCUCACUUUGACCCUGCUGCCCAGCAGGAGUCCUGCAGUCAGCAGCUUCGCUGGCAGUGAACUCUGCCAAGACUGAAGCCUGGCCUUGGCCAGCCAGCUCCUUGGGCCUCUCCACGGCCCUGGAGUUCUGGAGAUCUGACCUCAACGCCCAGGACCACUGAAGUGAAGGUAUCGCAAUGAAAGGCACUCACAGCAUCACACAAGUGACAUACUUGCCCGAAAAGUUUAAUCUGAAUCUAGCCAUGAGGAAGUAAUCAUAAAAAUCCACAUUAGGAACAUCCUGCUAAACAACUGGCAUGGACUCUUCAAAAAAUGUCAAUAUCAUGAAAGAUAAAGUAGUUUGGAAACUGCUAUAGAUCAAAGGGACUUGGUGACCAAAUGCAACUCAUGACUCUUGAUUGGAUUUGGGGUUUAAAGAACAAAAAGCCAACUAUAAAGGGCACGCCUGAGAUAGCUGGGGAAGUUUGAAUGUGGGUGUAUCUUAGCUAAGAGUAUAGUAAGGUUAUGAUAAUGGUGUUGUAUUUGCAUAGGAGUGUGCCAUUCUUAGAUCCCCGCUGAAGUGCUUAGAGCUAAAAUGUAACAUUGACUAUGGACUCUUAACUGGUUCAUCAAAAAUAAGUGUAUGUGUACAUAUAUAUGUAUAGAAUGUAUAUACAUAUUAUAAAGUGUUUGUGAGUGUAUAGAUAUACAUGGGAAGACAGGAAGUGUGUCUGUGUAUGUGUACACACGUGCAUUGUUUGCAGCAUGUUAGCAACCAAUGAAUGUACAUGAAGUAGAGAUGGGUCUUGUGCUAUUCACGCAAAUUUCCUAUAAAUUUACAAGUGUUUAAAUUUAAAAAUUGGAGGAAAAAAAUUUUUUUAAACAUUCAUUUUCAUUCCUCAUGUCAUUUUUCUAAAUGUAUUAAAAAUGUCCCCAGGAUUUUAUAUCUUUGUGCACAUUUUAGAAGAAAUAAACACCUAGA